CACGCUGUUUUGCGCGCUUGUGUUUUGUUUCCUGUUUGUGAAACUAACGACAAAUUCACAAAAGCGGAUUUACACAAAAUGUUUUAGUUUCAUUUAAUUCGUAUCGAAGAUUUAUUGAACACGGACUCAAAACCUUCAGCAGCCGUAAAGCAGGAGGGGCUGAGAGGUGAAGUGAUGUCUCUGCCCUCAUACACUGAGUAUCCUGCAGGACGUCCCUUCAUCAACACACCCCUGACCUUCACACACACACCUGUGAAAGCUUUCCCUGAGAGCAACAGUGCAGCGAUUCUAUCAGCACUGAAGAAUCUGCAAGAGAAGAUUCGACGUCUUGAGCUUGAGCGAUGUGACACCCAUCAGAAACUUAAGACGCUCUCCAAUGAAUCUACACAGACUCAAGCACACAGUAGAGGUGAAGACGACCUCAAGAACCACGAGCUGCUGUGUCACCUGUCCACAGCUGAGACUCGAUGUUCUCGUCUGGAGAGACAGUUAGAGCACAUGAGGAAGACUGUGAGAAACGCUGAAUCAAACAGAACCGCUGUUCUCCGACGACAGGCGUCUCUGGAGCAGUUGGGUUCUGUAGAUCAGACAGAUGUUCAGAGGAAGCUGCAGAAGCUUGAUGUGUUGGAGCAGGAGUAUCAGAGACUGACUGACACACAGACACUCGCUGAGAAGAAAAUCAGAGACCUGGAGAGAAAAUUACAAGAGGAGGAACAUCAGAGGAAACUAGUGCAGGACAAAGCAGCUCAGUUACAGACGGGUCUUGAAGCCAAUCGUAUCCUCAUUCAGUCUGUUUCUCCACGUCCCCAUAAAUCCUCUAAAGUUAAACAGAAGAUGGUAAUUGAUUCACCUCACACUUGUGGAGUAAUGAUUGUGUGUCGCAGUGUUGUUCAUGUGUGGAUUGUGUUUGUGUUUCUGCAGACACACACGUCUCAUCCACAGCCACAUUACAGACUGAGUUUAGGGGACGUGCCGUUUGUGACCGGAACGUCGACGAGUUCCAGUCAUUCCGUUCGUGCAAACGUUCAGCACGUUCUUCAUCUCAUGAAGCAUCAUCAUCCUCACCUUUGCAACGAGCGCGUGCUAGGACACACCCCUCCGCCCUGCUCCACCAAUGAGAGAAGACGUUCUGCACAUCUGUCCAGCAGUAGCUCCGCCUCUUCCUCCUCCAGUAGCGAAGAGCUGUCGGACCUGCUGCUGAUGUUGCAGGAUGAGUUUGGACACAUGAGCUUUGAACACCAGGAGCUGGCGAGACAGAUCGAGUCCAGCGGGUCAGAUCGGCUGCGGCAGGAUUUGGAGCGUGAGAUGGAAACACUGGUGAAGAGAAUGGAGAGUAAAGGUGAACAGAUCGCUAAAGUCCGUCGACACCAGACGCAGUUGGAGAGGAUGAGGAGACAGUGUGGUAGGCACCAGGUGAAGGUCACGCCCUCAUCAUCGUCUCGCACUCGCUCGGCCGCAGCAGCGAAGGUGAAAUCCAGACCAGGCGAGCGCAGCAGAGACAGUCUGCGUCUGCUUAAAGACAUGCGCACGCUGCAGACGUCACUGCGCAGAGAUCAGCUCAGCUGGGACUUCUGACUACAAAAACAACCUCUCACAGAUGCGUUGAAAACAAAGACAGUUUGUGUGUUUAGGACCAACAUGACUGUUUGUGACGUGACAAUUCGACACAUUUUAUGAUCAAACUCUUGUGUAGAUGUUCUGCACAUUUCCUGCACAUCGGACACAGAUAUGAUUCUGUUUUUUUAUCGGUUUACAGGUGAAAUCUGUUGAUGAUCAAGUGUCAUUAAAUCAUGAUUCAGUGAAGAUGAGACGUGGAUUUAUUUUUAAAUCUGGCUUGUUUGAGUGUGUGUUGUUGUUGUCGUAACUCAAUGCUGAAGUUGAUCUGUGAUGAUGUAAAGUGUGUCUGUGUUCUACCUCACUUCCUGUUUCACUCUUGAGAUUUUAUUAUAGUUUUAUUAUUUUACAAUCAGUGUUCUCGUUUGUAAAAGUGUUUUUCCAUUUGUUUCACAAUAUUCCACUUAUGGUUUGUUGUUUGGUAACAUCUGGUUUGUGUAGUUUGUUAUAUGUGUGUGUUUGUUGUUGUGAUAAAGGGACUGUGUUGAAGUGAAA